AUAGAGAUUCUCAAGAAUUUGAAUCUUGGAGGAAACAAAUUAGUUUGGAAUAACAAUGUCAAAGUAUUUCCCAAGUGUAUGCUUUCUCAACUCUCUCUCAAAUCAUGCAAAUUUUCCUCAGACAUUCCAGAAUGGAUUUCCACUCAAAAGAAUCUUGAUAUUCUCGAUCUGAGCAACAGUAGUCUUACUGGAAAAUUCCCUCUCUGGCUUGCUGAAAUGGAUAUUAAGAGCAUACUCCUGUCUCAUAACAAGCUAACUGGUUCAAUACCAUCUCGCCUUUUUCAAUCUUCGAGUUUAUCCAUUUUGGCUCUUUCAAAAAACAAUUUUUCGGGAGAGUUGCCAGAAAAUAUAGGUGAUGCUCAUAACAUCAAGGUACUUAUGCUGUCUGCAAAUAAUUUGUCAGGGGCCAUCCCAAAAUCCAUUGCAGAUAUCCCUGAACUAGUGCUAUUAGACUUGUCAAGAAACAAAUUCUCUGGCAACACAUUCCCAGUUUUUGAUCCUAAUGGCUCACUUUAUUAUGGUGAUUUCUCCUCUAAUGAACUUUCAGGUGAAAUUCCAGUGUCAUUUUGCAAAGACACUGGUAUUCUUGCACUAGGGGAAAAUAAGUUUUCUGGCAGGCUGCCUAGGGGUCUAACAAAUAUGAUAAGGCUUGAAUAUCUUGAUCUCCAUGACAACAACAUCACAGGUAAUUUUCCAGAAUUUCUUUCCCAACUAUCCAGCCUUGAAGUUCUUAGUGUACGUAACAACUCUCUACAUGGCUCACUACCAUCCAAGUUGUUCUCCAACAAAAGUAGCCUCCAAAUUCUUGAUCUCUCAAGCAACAAUCUUGUUGGAAGUAUCCCUUCGGAGUUAGGAAGUCUAGUGGUAAUGAGUGGAGGUUCUAUUGAUUUUAUAAAUACGAUUACACCAAUCAGUGGCAUGUUCACCUUUACAAUGGAGAUCGAUGGCCUUAUGGUGUACUGGAAGAAGGCUAUACAAGGUCUCUCAGGUAAUAACCGACAUUUCUACACUUUGCUAGACUUGUCAAAUAAUAAGUUGUCUGGUGAUAUUCCAGUUUCCAUAGGACAUCUCAAGGGACUGAAGCUACUCAACAUAUCCAACAACAGGCUCUCGGGAAAUAUACCACAAAGUUUAGGGGAUCUGGAGAGUAUAGAGGCUCUUGACUUAUCUAACAACAAUAUCUCUGGUACAAUUCCACAAUCAUUUAAGAAAUUAAAUGAACUGUCUGUGUUAGAUGUGAGUAACAACAAGUUAAGUGGCAAAAUCCCGCGGGGUGCACAAAUGGACACGAUGAAUGAUCCAAGUUAUUUUGCUAACAACAGUGGAUUAUGCGGCAUGCAAAUCAGAGUGACAUGUUCAGAACAUGAGCUAAAACCAGAGGCACACGUAGAUGGUGAUGAUGGUGAACAAGAGUCUUGGUUCUUGUGGGGAGGAGUGUGGAGCGGAUAUCCACUUGGUUUCAUUUCUUCAAUCUUGAUAGCAUUUUUUAGUAGGUACUUUGUUAUACCAACACAGAAGUACCACUCAAUCCACUAUAGGUACAGAUAAAAGCCAAAAUGUUGUCUACUAGUACUUAAAGCAGAGGAAGUUUUUAUAUUUGUUCUUGAGAUUA